UGUACGGAAUAUCAAUUAGCUCGCUAUCUUCUGAAAAAUUUUAUACAGGUUACAAUGUUUCUGAUGGGUCUUGUGUUCUUGACCUUCUGCUUUUUGGGGUGCACUUCUGGGAAACCAAUACCAUCAGCAAUCAAUGUCUUACCCUUAAUGAUUCCUCAGCUACCAGUGCUGACAGAUCCAUUAGCAGACAGUGAUGCUCAGCCUCCGGUGUAUACAGUGAUUAUCCAGCAACCUGUGAUGGCAGGCUCAGUGAGUUCCGAAGAAGUGAUUCAGCCACCGACUGUGUACAGAGGGAUUCUAGUAGCCAUGAUUCCUGGUAACCAGAACAUGGGUCUUACAAACAGUGGUGGGAAAUCAGACAGAGACACCCCCAGCCCGGAUGGCCUCUCACGCAAUCCAGAAGUCCAUGAUAUACCAGAUCCAUCUCCCAGCACAGCAGAAGGUCAGGGAGGUGCCAUGUCCGCUCAGACUGCUGGGAAAUCUCCCGUGGGUGUACAGCUGGGGACCAGGACAGCCCCCCCGAGCAGCAGACAAGCACAGCGACAGACAGCAUCUCCAUGGAGACCUCAGGAGGCUGUUUCACUGUCAUCCCGCAGGAUGAAACCUGCGGAAGGGGCCAAGGGGCAAAGGCGAGAGAGGAAGGGGAUAUCAAUGCAGAGAGGAGACGCCAUUUAG